CCCAAAUCCCAAUCGUCUUGUAUAAUUUUGGUUGUGGUUGUGGCGCUUCUUUCAAUUACUUUUCAGUUUCGCCAGUUCCCUCCACUCGCAAUUCUCUCUUAUUUUGCUCUCUCGCAUUCUCUGGGUUCCCCGAAUCUGUUCUGAACUUCCGAUUGAUAGCGAUGACGACAAUGGAGCAGCGAAGAAACCAGAACGUUGUCCAAGAACAAGACGACGAAGAGAUACAGCACGGCCCUUUCCCCGUCGAACAGCUUCAGGCGGCAGGUAUAGCUUCUGUUGAUGUAAAGAAGCUUAGGGAUGCUGGUCUCUGUACUGUUGAAGGUGUUGCCUAUACUCCAAGGAAGGAUCUCUUGCAGAUUAAAGGAAUCAGUGAUGCCAAGGUUGACAAAAUCGUAGAAGCAGCUUCAAAGCUGGUUCCUCUUGGUUUCACUAGUGCGACCCAGCUUCAUGCCCAAAGACAGGAGAUCAUUCAGAUUACAUCUGGAUCAAGGGAGCUUGACAAAGUUCUUGAAGGAGGAAUUGAAACUGGAUCCAUCACUGAGUUAUAUGGUGAGUUCCGCUCUGGAAAGACUCAGUUGUGCCAUACGCUGUGUGUAACUUGUCAACUACCCAUGGAUCAAGGAGGUGGAGAGGGUAAAGCGAUGUACAUUGAUGCCGAGGGAACAUUCAGGCCACAAAGACUCUUACAGAUAGCUGACAGGUUUGGAUUAAAUGGAGCUGAUGUACUUGAAAAUGUUGCCUAUGCAAGAGCGUAUAAUACUGAUCAUCAGUCAAGGCUUUUGCUUGAAGCAGCAUCAAUGAUGAUUGAAACAAGGUUUGCUCUCAUGAUUGUCGAUAGUGCUACCGCUCUUUACAGGACAGAUUUCUCUGGAAGGGGAGAGCUUUCGGCUCGACAAAUGCAUCUUGCAAAGUUCUUGAGAAGUCUUCAGAAGUUAGCGGAUGAGUUUGGUGUGGCUGUUGUUAUAACAAACCAAGUAGUUGCGCAAGUAGAUGGUUCAGCUCUUUUUGCUGGUCCCCAAUUUAAGCCAAUUGGUGGGAAUAUCAUGGCUCAUGCCACCACAACAAGGCUGGCGUUGAGGAAAGGAAGAGCAGAGGAGAGAAUCUGUAAAGUGAUAAGCUCGCCAUGCUUGCCAGAAGCGGAGGCUCGAUUUCAAAUAUCUACGGAAGGUGUAACAGAUUGCAAGGAUUGAAGUAUUUUGGUCACACAGUGCCUCGCUUCUCUGUCUUUUGUGUUUUGCAAAUCCUUCACUUGUAAUAAUGUCAAAGAACCAUUUUCUGUCGAUCAUUGUAAUACAAGUAGUAUUGAUAGAGCAAAAGAGCCUUUUGUAAGUAGUUUUCUCGGGUAAUGAAACUUACUACCUUUUUUGUUUCA